GGAGGUUCCUGACCCAGGGGAAUGUGUUUACACUUUUGUUCAGAAGUUAGACUCUGUCUGUGACCUCCCUCGCUGUCCCUGGAGAUCGGUGUCGUUCCCUGAGGGGGAGUGGGGGGGGAACGAGGUUCUCACCCCCCCACCCAUGGCCCGCCUGAGUAUGCCUUCCUUCAGCUCGGCGCUGGAGAGGGCUGUCAGUCUGGGAAGUAGCAGCAGAGGACGGAAGCUGAAAGCUGUCAGCACUUUGGACGCCGACACACAGAGCAGCGAGGCGGGCACCAUUGUGGACAGCCCGUGCAGUCAGGGCCCGUACCGCUGCCACCCUGACUUCAGGCAGGAUUCCUAUGAGCUAGCGUCGAGCAGGAGCCAGUGCGCGGAGCUGCAGUGGGCACAGAGAGCACGGCACCAGCCAGCCAGCUUGGCACUGCGUAAGCAGGAGGAAGAAGAUGCCAGCAAACGGCCCAAGUCCCUCUCGGACAGCUACGAGCUCUCCACAGACCUGCAGGACAAGAAGGUUGAGAUGCUCGAGCGGAAGUAUGGUGGUUACUUUCUGAGCCGGCGGGCCGCGCGGACGAUCCAGACUGCCUUCCGUCAGUACCGGAUGAACAAGAACUUUGAGCGGCUUCGCAGCUCCCUGUCGGAGAGCCGGAUGUCACGCCGCAUCGUCCUGUCCAACAUGCGCAUGCAGUACUCCUUCGAGGAGUACGAGAAGAGCCACGGGGCCAGCUUUGAGAGUAAGCAGGCGUCCGUGCGUUCCGAGCAGACCGGCCUGGGUUCCCGGAGCCACUCGGAGCGCAGCGACCAGUUCGGGGGCCUGGAUGUAGACUCGACCACUGCCUCCAGCGACUUCACCAACGAGAUCACGGAGCUGGAGGACAGCUUCUCCAAGCAGGUCCGCACUCUGGCCGAGUCCAUCGACGACGCGCUGGGCUGUCGCCCGGUCCCACCGGGCACCGCGGCCGGAGACGAGGGCGAUUCCUUCGACAGCCGCAGCUGCGAGACCAGGCAAGGCAAGAACGAGGACUCGGCCACCACCUACAGCGACAUGACCGUCUACAUCGACGAGGGGGACGCCCCGCACUCAGCCCCCGCCUCUCCCCUCUCCUCGGAGCGGGCUCCCAGCUCAGAGCAGGAGCUUCACCCCCCAUCACCCUCUGCAUCACCCCCACCCUCACCCCCACCACCACCACCACCACCACCACCACCCUGCAGCCCGGGGGUGCCCGAGUACUGGGGGAGGGAGGCAGACGGUGGGCGCCGGGUCCCAGGCUGCGUGGAGUGCCGCGAUUACCGGCGCCGGGCUGCCCACCUGCCCCUGCUCACCAUCGAGCCGCCCAGCGACAGUUCGGUGGACAUGAGUGACCGCUCGGACCGCGGCUCCCUCAGCCGGCAGCUGGUGUACGAGCAAGAGCCCCCUCCCCCUCCCCCGCCUCCCCCCAAAUCCGCCCCGGUGCCCAUCCCGGUGCCCGUUCCCCUCCCGGUGCACCGGUCUGUCCCACCGCCGGCCCCAGCCACCGCCCCGCCACCUCCCCCUCCUCCUCCCCCUCCCCCACCACUGCCCCCCUCCCGCUCACCCCUACCCCUGCGGCCAAUGGCCAACAGCGACGGGCGCAACGGCAAGGCAGAGGCCGAGCUAUCAGACGCUGACAACGACAGCCUGAACUCCAGCGUCAACUCCAACGAGACCAUCAACUGCAGCACGGGCUCCUCGUCCCGGGACAGCCUGAGGGAACAGACCCUGUGUAAACAAACCUACCACAAGGAGACCCGCCAUAGCUGGGACUCACCCGCUCUCAACAACGAUGUCAUGCAGAGGCGCCAGUACCGCAUCGGCCUCAAUCUCUUCAACAAGAAACCGGAAAAGGGGAUCCAGUACCUGAUUGAGCGGGGCUUUGUGGCCGAUACGCCGAUCGGUGUGGCGCGGUUUAUCCUGGAGCGGAAAGGCCUGAGCCGACAGAUGAUCGGGGAAUUCCUGGGCAACCGACAGAAGCAAUUCAACCGCGACGUGCUGGACUGCGUGGUGGAUGAAAUGGAGUUCGGGGGAAUGGAGUUGGAUGAGGCCCUUCGCAAGUUCCAGGCCCAUAUCCGGGUGCAGGGGGAGGCCCAAAAGGUGGAGAGGCUCAUCGAAUCCUUCAGCCAACGCUAUUGCAUCUGCAACCCUGCACUGGUGAGACAGUUCCGAAAUCCGGACACCAUCUUCAUCCUGGCGUUUGCCAUCAUCCUGCUGAACACCGACAUGUACAGUCCCAACGUGAAGCUGGAACGGAAAAUGAAACUGGAUGACUUCAUCAAGAAUCUUCGAGGAGUGGACAAUGGAGAGGACAUUCCGCGGGACAUGCUGGUCGGAAUAUACCACCGGAUCCAGAAACGGGAGCUCCGCACUAACGAUGACCACGUCUCCCAGGUCCAGGCAGUGGAGAGGCUCAUCGUGGGCAAGAAGCCGGUUCUCUCCUUACCCCAUCGCCGGCUGGUGUGCUGCUGUCGACUCUAUGAGGUUCCUGACCCUAAUCGACCGCAGAAACAGGGUCUCCAUCAACGAGAGGUCUUUCUCUUCAAUGAUCUUCUUGUGGUCACGAAGGUAUUUCAGAAGAAGAAGAUCUCGGUGACGUACAGUUUCCGCCAGUCCUUUGCACUGCACGAGAUGAAGGUUAAUCUGUUUCAAAAUGCCUAUUAUCCCCAUGGCAUCAAAUUGGCCUCCUCGAUCCCCAGCGCCGAAAAGAAGAUCCUCAUCAUCUUCAACGCGCCCAGUGUGCAGGACCGGACCAGAUUUGCCAGCGAUUUGCGCGAGUCUGUUGCUGAGGUGCAGGAGAUGGAGAAAUAUCGGGUUGAAUCGGAGCUGGAGAAGCAGAAGGGUGUAAUCCGUGCCACCAUGUUACAGAGUGCCAGUCUGAAGAAAGAUGCUGUGAAUGGCACCCUCACCAGCCUGGACGACACCUAUGCCAUGGGUGAAGGGCUGAAACGGAGUGCUCUCAGUAGCUCACUGCGGGACCUCUCUGAUGCAGGGAAACGGGGACGCCGAAACAGUGUGGGAUCGCUCGACAGCACCAUCGAAGGGUCCAUCAUUAGCAGUCCCCGUGUGCCACUCAGGCCUGUGCCCAUCCAAGAGGAUUCCACCAUGAGACCUCAUCGCCAGUUCUCCAACUCGGCCUCCUUCCUGGGCUCCCUGUUUGGGAGUAAGCGAGGCAAGCAGGGGGCGCACGCACACUCGAUGGCUGGGGGGGGCCAGUCCUACACCUCCGCCUCCUCCUACCAGCCUGCCUACCAGCUCCAGAGCGGUCAGUCUGAGGUCCCCUCCAAGAUCCAGGCACUGCAUGCUCAAUACUGCCAACCUCCACCGCCUUAUUACUAUCACCAUCGCUUCCACUUGCAGCCAACUCUGCCCCACGCCACCCUGCAGCGCCAGUGCAGACAGAGACCCAAUCUCCCACCACUGCUGCCCCGUGCCCCCAUGGCCCAUACCAUUCGUCCGCCCGUCAGCUCUCCUCAGUCGCCGCUGGCACCUCACCAGCUGCCCGCCUACGCUAUGGCGCAGUAUGGACAGGCGCAACAGCACCCGGGGGCAAUGCCAGGGCAGAUGCAGAAGCAGUACCACCCCGGAGCGCAGCACACCCUGCACCACGGAGGGACAGCAGCCAUGCAGCACGCGCUGGCCGGGCACACCCUGAAGCAGCACCCACUGGCACACCACACCCUGCAGCACGCCCUGCAGCAGCAGCAGCAUGCGUUGCAGCAGCAGCAUGCGUUGCAGCAGCAGCAUGCGCUGCAGCAGCAGCACGCGCUGCAGCAGCAGCAUGCACAGCAGCAUGCGUUGCAGCAGCAGCACGCGCUGCAGCAGCAGCAUGCGCAACAGCAUGCACUGCAGCAGCAGCAUGCACUGCAGCAGCAGCAUGCGCAGCAGCAUGCACUGCAGCAGCAACACGCACAGCAGCAUGCACUGCAGCAGCAGCAUGCACAGCAGCAUGCAUUACAGCAGCAGCAACACGCACAGCAGCAUGCACUGCAGCAGCAGCACGCGCAGCAACACGCACAGCAGCAGCAGCAUGGACUGCCGCCCCAGCUCUCUCCCCACUCCCCCCUGUCACCCCUCACCCCGCACUCACCCCUCACUCCCCUCACUCCCCUGACACCCCUCACCCCGCAGUCCCCUCACUCCCCCUACUCGCCUCUGCUGCCCCUCUCGCCCCUGCCUCCUCACCCACACCCUCAGCAGACCCUGGUCGGGCCCCCCAGCAGUCAGGUCUCCACCGGGGUCAAGGCCAAACCCACCAACCGGAUCAGCACGGUGGUGUGAGCAGAGCGGUUCUGGGAGGGGGCUGGCCUGGGCCAGAACUGCUGGGGUGUGGGGUCAGG